CGAGCCGGGCUGAGCCGAGCCGCGCUGAGCCGGGCCCCGCGGCGGCGGAGAGGAGCCGGGCGCAGCUGCGAGGGGAGCCCGCGGCCCCGGCGCGGCCAUGCGGCCCCUGCCGCUGCUCGCCUGGGCGCUGCUGCCAGUCUGUCUGUCCGUCCCCGCAGGCUGCUGGGCAGUGACGGGGCCCCCCACCGUGCGCGGGUACGUCGGGGGGUCCCUCUCGGUGCUCUGCGAGUACGAGGCCGACUACAAGACCAAUGUGAAAUACUGGUGCAGACCGGGAACGCUCCUCACCUGCGCUGCCAACGCCCGCAUCGUCGCCACCUCCGAGCCCGGCUCCGUGGUGCGGCAGGGCCGGGUCUCCAUCAGGGACGACCGCGAGCAGCGGGUGUUCACGGUGACCGUGGGCAACCUGACCGCGGGGGACGCGGGCACCUACCGGUGCGGGGUGAGCAGGAUAAUUCGCGAUGACAGUCACACGGUGUACGUGUCCGUGCUCCCGGCUCCUCCUUCUUCCCCCUCUCCCCUGAAAACAGCCCCUCCCUCCACUGCAGGGCACCCUGCUCUCACUGCCUCCGCGCCGGUCCCCACGCCGGCAUCUCCCCAGGAGCGAGCUGCCGAGGAAGAGCGAGCCCCCCCGUCCCCCCCCGGAGGCGCCGGCUCUGCGGGCUUGGACGUGGUCACGGACAUCCUGACUCCGUGCAUCGUGGUGGUUCUUCUUUUGCUCGUGUUUGCUGCCGCUGUGUUGGUUACACUGUCCAGGAAGAGGAAGAAAGCCCCGGCCGGAGCCGCCGUGGAGAUGGGCAGGACCGGCAGCGUCUCCGGCACGGGCACCGAGAGCAGCCUGCAGUACGCCGACCUCAGGCACCCCGUGGCCCCGGACGGCGGCGAGCUCUACAGCGACGUCAAGGCUUUCCUCAGCCGGGCGAGCGCUGAGAGCAGCUACGCGGAGGUCCAGCCGUGGCGCCGGGACUUGAAAGCGGAGGAGGAGGCCGUCUACGCCACGGUGGGUGCGUCCCCGCCGGAGGCGCAGGGCCUCUACGCCAACGUGGCGCAGCGCCCGGGUGCCGGGGGGCCGCUCUGCCGCGCCGCCGCCGAGCCCUGAGCCCCCGGCCGGCACGGGAAGGGCAGCGGCGCCUCGGGGCAGGAGGCUCGCGGCCGGGCGGGGAGGAUGUGGUCCCUUCGCGGUUGGAGCCCUCGCACCCGACGCAGCAACGGCCCUGGAAGGGAAAAAGAAAAGAAAAAGAAAGAAAAGUUGCAUUCGGACACUUGGGUUUUGGACGAGCCUGACGGGGAAUGUUUCCCACGUCGAGUGAAGGCGGCGGCGGAGCCUCCGUGUCUCCAAGCUCUGCCUCCGCGCCGCUCCGCAGAGGGGAAGCUCGGGACUCGGACAGGGAAGGGAAACCCGCCCCGUUCCCGCGGUGUCCUGCCUCGCCGCGCCGUGCCGCCGGCCUGGGCUCGCACGCAGCGUCGUCCUUCCUCUUCCUCCCGGCCGAACCCGCCUGGUGCCGCGAUGGGGACGUGUCCCGGCCCGGCGACGGAGCCUCCCGGAGCCUGCGGCUUAUCCGGCCGCUCCUCGUGUGCCGGCCGCUCCCUCUGCUCCGCCGCAGCGCGGGGCCGCUGCUGUAUCCCGGCAGCUCGUCCCUCCGCAGAACAGACUGGGGGGGACCCCCCGCUUUGGGGAGUUCGAGUCAAACGUGCUUAAAAGUUUCAUUUGGGGAGAAAAAGGGGAGACUUUAACUGUUGGAAAAACUUCAUUUCCGUAUUUUUGUAAUUACUAUUUUACUGAAGAA